AAACAAUAUUUAAACAUGUCAGUCAUCUGUGAAGGUAACUAAUAAGGACAUUUUAUGUUUUGAAAUAUAACAGUAAUGGGGAAUUAUUUAGUUGUUUUCCUACUGUCUGUAUUUGUUUUGCUUGCUGCAUUAUAUGUGCAUAAAGUGGAACAAAAUAUAAUCCAAAUAAAAGACGAGUUACUGCAACAUGGAAAUGAAAUAAAGAAAGUGAAGGAAGAAUUCGAAUCGAACAACAAGGCACUUGCACAAUUGAAAGUAGAAUUGAAAUCGACGAAAAACGAAAUUACACAAGUGAAAGUAGAAUUGGAAUCGACAAGCAAGGAACUUAAACAAGCGCAAGUAGAAUUGGAAUCGACUAAAAAUGAACUUAAACAAGUGAAAGUAGAAUUGGAAUCGACUAAAAAUGAACUCAAACAAGUGAAAGUAGUAUUGGAAUCGACGAGAAAUGAACUUAAACAAGUGAAAGUAGAAUUGGAAUCGACGAGAAAUGAACUUAAACAAGUGCAAGUAGAACUGGAAUCGACGAGAAAUGAACUUAAACUUGUGAAAGUAGAACUAGAUACGACAAGAAAUGAACUUAAACAAGUGAAAGUAGAACUAGAUACGACAAGAAAUGAACUUAAACAUGUGAAAGUAGAAUUGGAUACUACGAAAGAGCAAAUUAAUACACUUCGUAAAGAAAUGAUAGAAAAAGACAAUGCCCACAAGAAAGAAAUAAAUCAAAUUACAGCAGACGUAAAUGCGUUACGUGAAGAACAAAAUAAGAUUAAAACAGGUAUUAGGGACAGAGUUUCUGAUUAUGAGAAAAAUGAAAAGGAAAGAUUUAAGGAUAAAGGUAAUAGAUGUCGAGGAAGACACAAACAUAACAGAAGCUGAAUUAAAGAAGGAAUAUGCACCAGAAAUGGUUAGAGGAGUUUAGAGACUACAAUUCAUUUUCACGAAAAUAUUAAAAAUUAAUUAAGAGUU